AAUUUUCUGCUUGGGCAUGUCAGAUGUAUACGAGUUGCAUUUCAGGAUACAACACCGCUAAAAGGAUAAAUUGUUUAUUCAGAGGAUUGUUGGAUAAUUAUUUUUGGAUGAAUGGAUACUGCGUGUUUUACCACCUCUCAGCGUACUUCAUGUCUCACGAUGAAUCCGGAUCUAUUCAAGCCUUGUCCAGAACAUGGCCAAGUUAUUCUUCCUAUUAAACCGAACAAGACAAAAUCGGAACAAAUCAAACCAGAUCUCGCCCAGGUGGUGACUGAUUCCAAGACAGGAAAAUCUUACAGCAAAGGAAAGCUUCUGGGAAAGGGUGGCUUUGCAAGAUGCUAUGAAAUGACAGACCUUUCCAGCAACAAAAUGUAUGCUGUGAAGGUGAUACCACAGAGCAGGGUGUCAAAACCUCAUCAGAGGGAUAAGAUAACAAAUGAAAUCGAGCUUCACAAAACCCUACAUCACAAACAUGUGGUAAAGUUCUCCCAUCAUUUCGAAGACCAAGACAACAUCUAUAUUUUCCUUGAGCUCUGCAGUAGAAAGUCCCUGGCACACAUUUGGAAAGCAAGACACACACUGACAGACCCAGAAGUGCGGUACUACCUCCGGCAGAUCAUAUCUGGGCUGAAGUACCUUCACAACAGAGGCAUCCUUCACAGGGAUCUCAAAUUAGGCAAUUUCUUUGUGAAUGAGAACAUGGAGUUGCGGUUGGGAGACUUUGGGCUUGCUGCGAAGUUGGAAACAGUCGAGCAGAGGAAGAAAACAAUCUGUGGAACGCCAAACUACCUUGCACCCGAGGUGUUGAACAGGCAGGGCCAUGGAACAGAGUCUGACGUCUGGUCACUAGGUUGUGUAAUGUACACGCUGAUGUGUGGGAACCCUCCCUUUGAAACCCUUGACCUGAAGGAGACAUACAAGUGUAUCAAGGAAGUAAAAUACAACCUGCCCUCGACCCUGUCUCCUGCGGCUCAGAAGCUCAUCUCUGGCAUUUUGCAGAAGGACCCCAGUGACCGCCUCACACUAGACCAAAUCCUGAACCACCAAUUCUUCACCAAGGCUUUCACCCCAGAUAAACUGCCUCCCAGCAGCUGUGUGACAGUGCCAGAGCUCAACCCGCCCAGCCCUGCCAAGAGGUUUUUCACGAAGAUGGCCAAGAGUCUCUUUGGCAAGAGAAAAUCCAAAGUGGAGAAGAACCAUUGUGAAGAGCGAGAGAGCAUCUCCAAACUUGUGUCCGGCAUCGUCAAAUGCUCCAUCAGUCGGCAGAUGAGUUACAAAACAGUUUGCACCGAUGAGGCUCCCCCUCCCACGGUAGGCCAGCAAGUCAGCUCUGGUCUGCUGGAUACACCAGCUGAGGAGGAGUCCAGGAAGUCUGCAGCAUCACGCUCCUUUAAAGGCACGGUGGCCAGCAGCACAGAACCGUGUGAAGAUGGCCUUACCCCAGCGUCUAUAGCGGAGUCGGCCAUGAAGGUCCUCAACAGCUGUUUGUCUGCCAUGCCUGCAGCUACAAGAAACCCGCCAUGUCUUUCCAGGCCCAAAUCCUUUAUCUGGGUCACAAAGUGGGUUGAUUAUUCCAACAAAUAUGGCUUUGGCUACCAGCUCUCCAAUCAAAACAUUGGUGUGCUCUUCAACGAGGGGACACACUUGAGUCUGUGUGAUCAACGCAAGACUGUGCACUACUGCUUGACCAACAACAAACACUUCACCUUUCAGGCCAGUGCUUUACCAGAGCAGCUCUGCAGUCAGAAGCAGAUUGUGGAGCUGAUGGCCAACUACAUGGAACAGAACCUCAUGGAGGGUGGCGACCUCCACUGUGAAGACCAGCCUCCCUCCCAGCCACCGCUCCUUCUGCAGUGGGUGAAGACCGACCAUGCUCUGGUGAUGCUCUUCAAUAACGGUACCCUGCAGGUGAAUUUCUACAACGACCACACCAAGAUCAUCCUGUGCAAGUCCUCCGACUCUUACCUACUGACCUAUAUCAGCCGCGAACGCGUCUCCUACACAUACCUCCUGAGCAUGCUGUCAGAAAUGGGCUGUUCUGCCGAGCUGAGGCACCGCAUGCGCUACGUGGUCCAGCUGCUCCAACAUCACGGAGAUUCAUAAUGGACCCACAGCUCAAGUGAGGUGGGGGGGGGGCUGAUCAUGGCUCUGUACAUAGGGAAAACUUCUCCCCCAGGUCCAUGACUCCAGGCACCAUCCAAGUCUCAACCAACCUGCUGCUUUCUGCUUCCACUGGGAGCAAAUGACCAGGAGGCUCUGUUCAUUCAGGGAGUCCUCCCCAAUCUUAGGCUAGUGUCUGGCCUCUGGACUAUGGUGCCCUUUGUUUUGUUUUUUUGAAUGAACCUAUAAUCUGACUACAGUAUCACACUACUGGCUUGAUUCACUUCAUGCACACAAAAACCUGACCCUGUUCUCUCAGCUAAUGCUCAGACCUGAUUCUGAAAUGGCAGUGGGAUCACAAGCUGCCAAGUGACCACCCCCCAAUGUCAAAACUGAAGUUGGUCUUUGCUUUUUUUAUGCUUUGACAUCGCUUGCCUUUUUUAUGAUAAUUACACUUCACAAAUURGUACACAACAGCAUACAGAGGGCAAUGGGUGACGACUUUCACUUUCUUUGGAUUCGCAGUAAUUUUACCACUAUUUUAGUUUUUAGCCAUAGUAAUAUAGAUUAUUACUAAUAUAGGUAAUAUAGAUUUUUAGUGUUCAGUUGAAAAAGGCUGCGCUACAUUGCAUUGCGAUUUGGCAAAGGGGAUAAAGUGCCUUUGAAGGAUGUCUGCCUGUAUUGUGCAAUAACAGCCCUUUUGAAUGUGGAUGUGGUGGCAUGAGAUGGUCUACGGAGGCAAGUACUUUUUACUUGGAAUUGGUAAACUUCAAAUGUCUGAAUAGCACUAGUGUCACUACCUGGUAUAAGAUUUUGAUAAAAUGGUAUAACCCUGUAGUAUCAGUAUGUAAAAAAUAAGUAUUGUGUUUAUCAUACUGUACCAUCCUCUUUGGUUUACAUUGCCCUCUCUACCCAGAGUUUGAUCCUUAAACUGUGAUUCCUGAGUGCAAGUAUUAUACCACUUCCAGGUAAUGUCUUGUCAAAUCCAACGUUUUGAAAGGAUCUGCUUCUUCAGAAUCUUUAUUUUUGUGCACAAUAAUGUCCUGUAUUUAUUUUAUUUAUACAUUUAUUUAUUGUGUAAUUGUAUGGUCUUGACACAUGGGAAAUGUUCAAUAUGAUCACAUUUGUGCUAUAUUGGCGUAAAAUAAAGUUUAUGGAAAUCA